CUAAGGCAAGACCUUUGCUGUCAACAUUCGUUUUCCAAUCUCGUUCUACCAUACCGAUAUUCGCCGCAACACUGGGAUUAGUUGCCGGGGAUCUUGGAGCGGAGUGACCGGCAUCCAUGGGAAAGGAUACGCGACUUAUGCUCAGGAGGAACAACGCUCGAUGACUCCAGCCAGGCGCCUUUGUCACUCAACGACGCCUAUUCAUCUUUGCGGCGCCUUACCUGCACCAAACGACAAGAUUCUAGCAUGACUCUCAAUCUGGAUCAGGUGCUCUUCGCACGCGCCGAAUGGCGCAUUCGGUUUCUCGCUCCAUGCUGGAUGAUACAGGUUGGGGCCCUUCUCAGCCUAGUUGGCCUAUUCUCCUACCGGCUUUCUGUGACCUCUCGCACCUUUGACGACGAGAUAUCGCAUGACCAGGAAAUUAUAGUUCAGAUAGUUUGGGAAUCCACCCAGGUUGGGUUUUCAAUUAGUUCCGUAGCUCUCACAAUCGCGGAAAUAUGGAAGGCGAGGUCUGAGACCUUGACCCCUUUCUUCAUGCUGUGUACACAUCUUAUCAAAUACACACUUGCCAGCGGAAUGCUAGGCUUAGAUGCCACCGUCUACGUCAAAUAUCCAGACCACCACUACUCCACAGUGGGCUUGGCUUUGGAUUGCAUCCUGCUUGGCAUAACACUUGUGAUGCUCUUCUACGCUUUCUACACGUAUCGUCGCCUCCUCAAGCUCGAAGCCUAUGAUUUGGCCUAUAACAAAUCAGCAGGCUACAGCCACCCCGGCAAUGAGCAGAAUCUAGGCUACACUGUCAACAUAUUUAGCGGAAAGAAGAUCAGACAACCGUCGCCAACACCCGAGGCGUUAAAAUCCCGGAUAGACCAGGCAAUCGGCGCCGAGUUUGGGUGGGGGACUCGUCCGUCCGGAAGCGUAACGGAGCGCUCCGGCAUAGUUGUUGCGUCCGGGUCGGUUCAAAGCGGCGUGCCCACCAGACCGGCCGAGUUACACAGGGCUCGGAGCUGGGUGACCGAGACUGGCGUGGUUGGCCCAAAUACUUCAGAGACUCACAUUGAUGCGAACGGAAGGAAUACUGAUGAUGAUUACCAUGAUUAUUAUGAAUUAGCUCAUGCACGCAGUCUCAGCAUUCCUACAUUGGUAGCAACUCAUCAUUGGGACGACGGCGACAGCGAAGGGUUGUUGACGGGCUCACGGGACAAUAGCAAAGCAAUGAGGGAAGUAGAUAGAUGGCACGGGUACUCGUGACUCGUAUGAUUCGUGUAACUUGGUAUAACAGGUGCGGAGUGGCGCUGGGUGUACUUAUACCAACUACUUAUGUUCCAUCGAAAUACUUUUUCGAGAGUAGGACUUAUCAAGGCCAUUUCGUUUGUCCCAACAUUUCUUUUUCUGGUGUUUCCCAGCAGCAAGAUUCUCUGUCCGACGGCGCAAUAGUUAUCGUUCAUUCUAUCACUCCAUAUCUAACCCUAAGCCAAGCCAGAGCAUUGA